AUGACUGCUGGCAUUACUCAACCACCGUAUCCGCUCCACGAGUCCGUUAAAGACUUGUUGGACCCAGAGUAUGUUGCAUUCUAUAACCAGCAUGUCAUCGAUAACCAACAGGUGCACCUCCAGCCCGUGGAAGCUUCACGGACCAGCGGUGUCUUAAUCCCUGGUGCAGGUCCUAUGUUGGAGGUGGGCAAGACUCAAGACAUUACUGUUCAGCGGCGAGCUACUGAGGGCCCAGCAGUGCCCAUCCGCUGCUUUACUCCUAAGGGCGAGGCGCCUCCAGGUGGAUGGCCAGUGAUGCUGUAUUUCCACGGUGGUGGCUGGGUGCUGGGUAACAUCGACACGGAGAACGUGGUGUGCUCAAAUCUUUGUGCACGAGGCGACUGUGUCGUGAUUACAGUUGACUACCGUCUUGCACCCGAAAACCGCUGGCCAGCAGCAGUCCACGACUGCUGGGAAGCUCUCCUUUGGCUGAUUGCCGACGGCCCCGCCGCACUCUCAGUGGACGUAUCCAAAAUCGCAACCGGUGGCUCCUCUGCCGGCGGGAACCUUGCAGCAAUUAUGACCCACAAGGCGCUGACUCUAUCACCGCCUGUUCACUUCCGAGCGCAGCUCCUCUCUGUCCCUGUGACAGAUAACACUGCCACAGUAGAGAACAACGAGUCAUAUCGUCGGUACGAACGGACCCCCGCACUCCCAGCGCUUAAGAUGUACUGGUACCGCGACCACUAUGUCCCCAAUGACGCGGACCGCACCAACCCAGAGUCGAGUCCGCUGUUCUGGCAGGGUGAUUACUCACAAUUGCCGCCUGCGCUGGUUAUGGUUGGCGAGCUGGAUGUGCUGCGUACAGAGGGAGAGCAAUAUGCGGAGAGGUUGCAGAAGGCUGGUGUGCCUGUUGAUUUGCAGGUCAUGAAGGGUAUGCCGCAUCCAUUUUUGGCUAUGGAUGGGGCAUUGUCUGAGGGCAAGAGGUGUAUCACUUUGAUGUGUGAUGCGCUCCAAAAGGCAUUUUGGAGCUGA